AUGGCCAGUUCUUGGGAGGAGGAUGUUAGGCAGUUCAUGUUAGAUGAGGAAGAAUUGGACGAUGAACUUUUCUUUGUUAUUGUCCCUGCUGUCAUGUCGUGUCUCUACGAUGAAAAGAUGCCAGAACACACGUCAUCUCUUCCUGGUGCCACAAAGGUCAAAGAAAUCCUAGAAGGCCACGAAAAUUUGUGCAAGUCAGAGUUUAGAAUGGAGGUUGAGAUUUUUAGAGCUAUAGCAAAUCUUCUCAGAGCAGAAAGCUUAUUAUGCGACACACACGGUGUUAAGAUUGAGGAGCAAUUAGGAAUAUUUUUGUUCAUGCUCUCCCACAAUGCUAGAAUUUCAGCGCUGAAGAAAGCAUUCCAACACAGCGGUGAGACAAUUCGUAGGAAAGUCAAUGAGGUCUUCGAUAUAAUUCCAACAUUGACUCAUAGAUUCAUCAAGCUUCCAAAUCGAAACCAAACACAUGCCAAGAUUUUAUCAAACCCUCGGUUCAUGCUGUUCUUCCAGUGGGUGGGAAGGAUUUGCGUCUGA